AUGGAUUUCAUCAAGACCAGUUCCCUGCGUGCUCUGAUUGAGUUAACUUUCCAACGCAACUGGAACGGCCUAAUUUGGAUGAGUAGAAACGGAGUUAUAACCAAAAGAGUGGAGACUGUCCAGACGGCUCUAUCGAGAAUCAGCGCCCAACCGCACAGACCGGCUGGCCGAGAAACUAUUGUUUCACGCUCGGCCAAAGUCAUAUCCGUCCGUCUAAAGUCUCCGCCAAAGUCCGAAACCAUCCGGCCGAUCAUCCGACACGACCCGGGAAACAUUGUCACGCGGUCGGCCAAGCCACAACCGUUUCACGCCGCGCCGCGCACGAUCAUGCCGCGCGAGCCGGGGAACAAAGCCUCGCGGCCGCGCAACCCUUGCGAAACCUUCUAA